AUGAAGAUCAGGGCCCCUCCCCGGGACCUCCGAAUCCCCUACCCUACCAGACGCUACCUCCCUUCAUCGAUGAUCGCCGAACGCACCCCCUCCGGCUCAAUUCACGAUCCCCGCCUCGACCUGCUCGGUCAGAGGUGCACGGUCGUCUACUCGUUCUCGCCGCGUCGCUGUGCGUCAGCGGACGAUGCCGACCCCGCCCGUGCCCCCGUGUACGCGCCGGGUGCGAAGGAACCUCUGAACGCGGCGCGCGCAUGGACUCCAGAGCCCAAAAGACCCGUUGCCCGUCGCCCGUCGCCCGUCGCCCACCUGACGAAGACUCGGAGCCUCGGACUCGGACUCGGACUCGGACUCGGACGAAGAUCGAGGUCGCGCGCCGCCCACCUGCCCACCCGCCCACCCGCUCCUGCCUGCCUCUCCUCUCUCUACGCGAUGCUCUCCUCGACGUCGUUGACCGCCGAGCACCCUCUCCACGACUCGAGCGUGCAGCCCGCGAACCACCAGGACCUCGCCAUCUCGGCAGCCAGCCUACCCGCAAACCAGCCAACCAGCCUGCCAGUCAAUCAGCCAGCCAGCCAGCCAACCGCACGCCAAUCACUCGCCCACCACGACUCGACCCGACCCGACACGACACGACACGACGCGACGCGACGCGACAUGAACAUCAACACGGUACGAUAUGAUACGAUGCGCGCGCGCGCAGAUCAGAUCGAAGAUCGCACGACCCGCGCUUUCUCUCGUCGACCUAUUGAUGUCAGCCACUCGAUCCAACCCCCGUCGCCGCUGCUCGCGCUCCCGCUGCUGCCCACGCUACUGUCCCCCACCCACCCCGCCGUCGUCCUCGCCACCUCCCGCUUCCCAGCCCCCCACCCGGGCACACCCUCGUCCCCCUCCACCCACCACCGCCCCGCCGCCCUCUUCUCGUCCCUCCCCGCCCCGGGCUUACGCACCGUGUACCCGAUACCCCUUCCCGCCGUCCACACCCCCGCACCGAGUCCCAGCCCCGGGCUGCCCUCCCCUGCGCCUGCGCCUCCAUCUGCACCUCCGCCUGCGCCGCCGUCGAACCCGACCGCGCACGGCCCCCCGACGCUGCCGAUCUCCUUCAGCCGCCGCGUCAGCUUCCCCACUGCCCCGCUGCCCAUCCGUGCCUUCGCCUUCGCCGACCGCAUCUGCAGCUCCAGCUCCAGCGACACCGUGCUCCACCGGAACGUCGCGUCCGCGCGCUUCCCUGCGCCCUCCACCACCGCCAUCCGCCUCGCGUUCGUGUUCUCCCGCCCGAGCCCCUCCACCCUGCUCAUCGUCGCGGGCGCAGCCGCAGCCCUAGCGCCAGCGCCAACCCCAACCACACGCCCGUCCAGAUCCAGUCCCCAGCCCGCUUCCUCCCGCGCCUCCACCACAGACGCGUACCCCGACUCCCCGCCCCACGACCACCCCCUACCCGCGCCCGCCCCCAUGCUCACGCUCGACCCCGGCCGCCGCUUCUGCAGCUUCCGCCGCCUCCGGCGCGCCAUCACCCCCGACCCCACCGAAUCAGCGUGCCACAGCCCCGUCCGCGACCCGGCCGUCUCGCCGUCGCCGUUCUCGUCCCCGUCGGUCGACACCGCCGUAUGCGCGGAGAACCCGCCGGGACCGAGGCCCAUCCCGAGUCCCACGCACUGGCUGCUAGAAAAUCUGUCCCGUGUCCUGUCCCCGCCGCGCGCGAGCAGCACCGGGAUCGGGAGCGCCAGCGCGCCUUCCAGGCUCAUCAGCUCGUCCGCCGCUUCGUCUUCAUCCUCCUCCUCGUCCUCCUCACCGCCGCUCUCGCGACCCUCCACCGCCUCUCCGCUCACCCCGCUCACCCCCUCUCCCUGCAUCACCUCCCUCAACGCCGCGUCCGACAAGAACGACGGGCUCGCCCCAAACACGUCCUGCACCCGCCGCGUGCUGCGCCGCGCGGACGCGCUCGCCCUGAUGACGCCGGGCAGCGCGCGCACGCUCCCGAGCUGCGGCAUCGACGCCGACGCCGGCAACGACACCGACACCGACGCAGGCGGCGACGGGUUCCGCGGCCUCUCCAUCUCCACCUCCAUCUCCAUCUCCAUCUCCCGCCCGCGCGCCUGCUCGCCCUCCCUACCAGCGUCGUCCUGCACCUGCAGCCCUGCCAUCAUCCCCGCCCGGUCCAGAGACACCGACAUCGGCCUCGACCCCGCCCUCCUCGCGCGCACCGCACGCCCCAGCACCGCCGGCGUAUGCGUGUGCGAGCUCGAGCUCGAGCUCCCGCCCGAGCUCAGCCCCGCACUGACAACCCCGUCGCCGUCGCCGUCGCCGUGCGCGCUCGAUCCCGUCCGCACGCUGAGGCCGGACGACGAGCCGCGGAUGGACAGCUCAGACACCGGCUUCGGCUUCGGCUUGACGCGAUACUUCGCUGGCUGGGCCAGGGGCGAAGGCGGGUGCCACGGCGACGCGAGGGUCGGCUGGGACGUCGGCGGCGGCGUGAACAACGCGGUCACGAUCGACGCCGAGGUUGCAGUGGCGAUGGUGGCCGAUGUCGACGUCGACAUCGACACCAUCGCAGCCGGUUUCGUGCCCGUCGAGCUCAUUCUGGACGAAGAAGCCCCCAUGGGCGGCGCUGCACGGGCAUCGAACGGCUCAAAUCGGAAGCCAGGCAAAGCCAGGUGA